GCGGGAAAAACAUGAUAACGUCUGUGUGACUUUCCUAAAAAUUUGUGGCUCCCCCACAGUUUAAGGGAAGGAUUUUACCAAAAUAAAUAUGCCCAAAGCGAAGGAUAAAACUAAAAGAAGAAGAAUUGAAGAGCUAGAGGAAGAUUCGCCGCCCAGCCAAUCGCGAAAACGUGGUGCAAGCCAGCUAGUAGAUGACGAUGAAAUAGAAGAGGUUGACUGUACACAGACUGGAAAAUCUCAGAGUCAGAAAACACAAAACUACAAAGAACUCUCCAAAGAAGAAUUGAAGAGAAAGACAUCUGAUGUUGCUAGGUAUUUAUUGUUCACAGACAGGAAAAAGUAUCCAGUCAAACGUGGAGAUAUAACCAAGAAUGUGCUAAAGGAACAUGCCAAAUCUUUUAAUGAAAUCUUUGACCAUGCCAAGAAAAACUUAAACAAGGUUUUUGGAAUAGAAGUGGAAGAAAUUGAUGUAGGAAAGUCAAGAGGUUAUAUUUUAGUGGAUGGUGUCAAAAGUGAAGAACAGCAUGAACUAAUUGACUGGGGAGAUGAUCUUCCCAAGAUGGGUCUGCUGAUGGUUGUGUUAGGCAUGAUUUUUAUGGGUGAUCAUGUGAUCACUGAAUCAAAACUUUGGCACAUGCUGAAGAAGCUUGGUAUUGAACCAAAGAAAGAGCAUGAAGUGUUUGGUGAUUCAGAAAAACUCAUAUCACAAGAAUUUGUGAGACAAUGUUACUUGGACAGAAAGAAAGUUUUGGGAGGUGACGAGGCUGCAUAUGAGUACAGAUGGGGAGCAAGAGCAGAGAAGGAGCUGACCUGGCGACAAGCACUGAAGUUUGUGUCUGAGAUCUAUGGUACCCAAAUGGAAGACUGGACUGCCCAAAUGAAGGAGAUAACUGCUAAAGAAGAAAGCGAUACGAAAGGCUAACAGUGAGAGGAUGUUGUAAUCUUCAAUCGGCAAACAGAAGGAAAUAUGGCGGACCAGCGCUGUCAUUUUAGGCCGCUCAUUUCACUUGUUACUGGCCUGCUGGUCAUUUCCUUUGACUCUCAGGCCAUACCAGAUUUAUUUGACAAAGAUGAAAUAAGUACCAAAUUGGAAACAUACGUACGUACUUUAUAUUGCACAAACUAACAUUUUCUACGCCAUAGUUACACUUACAUCCAUGUAAACACUAUUGGUGAAACUCUUUAGGUCAAUUUUUAGGUAAACUAUUUGUAUAUCCAUGAUAAAUGAAGAUUAUAGCUAAUUUUCAUUGCUAUUGUUUUAUUUUAAAAAAAAAAUUCUAUGCGAUAGUUACACUCACUUCUAUAAAAGCACCAUUGGUGAAACUCGUCGGGUGAAUUUGUAAAUCCAUGAUAAAUGAAGAUUACAGUUUAUUUUUACUGAUAGUAUUUGAUUAACAAAAAAAAGAAGAGAUUUAGUCGUUUUUCCAUCUUCGAUUGUAAAUUUUUUUCCUUCUACAGUAAUGCUAGGGUUCGUAUGAGGUCUUGAAUUAGGAAAGUCUGCAAUCUAAUCUCCAAAAAACUAGAGAUUACAUGGAAGACAGCACGAAGAGAGCUGCUAAUAAUGCUUUGUAUUGAGCAGGUGAGGUAUGCUCACUGAUUAGCUAAACUUACUUAAAUUACCUUGGACAGAGCGCUUUUGAAUCGCGAUCAGAGGAUUGUCUAAAUUUAGGCAUACCUUUUGACAAAUGUUACACUAAUAACGCCAUUUUGUUGAACUCAUUUCGUCGAGUCUGGAAGGUUGAAGAGCGGUUAAAAUAAAAGGUUAACUGUGA